UCCCUCUGGUAUCUGCCGUACCUAUUAUCGCAGCUGUGCUAUUCUGCAGUGAAAACCAGCCCGAAGCAGAGCUGUACCAAAUUCACGAAUCGACAAGACAAAACCUGCCCAAGUCAUUCCUAGAAUAAUCUACAAUGGCUAGUCUAUCUCGAUUCAUCGAAAAUAAACAGCAUGCUCCUGCCCCUCCAGCCGGUGCCAAACGCCCUGAUGUAGCUGCUGCACAAGCCUUGAAGUUUGGAAGUGGAAAGCCCAAAAGAUCCGAGCCUGCUGCCCCUCCUAUUACACAAUACCUUCCCAGCACUGCUCCAGCUCCAGGAUAUGCCUCGAACCAGAAUUCUCUCCGGAACACGUAUCCGAACAAUCGAUUUGCAAAGGAACAGCCGCUUCCAUAUUCAAAGGCCUUCGAUGAAAUCACCCUUAACUCAGACGACUUCGAAGCUACCAAGAGUGAUCUCGGCUUCGAUCUUGAGGAGAAUGGCCAAUAUAGACAGGGGGAAGAAAUGCUAGAUGAGCGUGAGUAUGGAGCUCAGGCUGGCCAGCGUUAUUCACAUGGCUUGCCGCAACACACGCUUCACCAUGUCCACAGUCAAUCACCCUUGAUCGUCAAUCCCGAAUAUGAACAAGGCCCCUCGAAGCCGCAAACUUCUGGGACUCAUAGUCGGUUUAAGAAGUCUGAAGUCAUACAUUCAGAUCUGCAACUUCGUCAGGCGCAAGAUGCUGAUGCGAUGAAUCAACAGACGGCGGGCUCCAAGAAGCGAAAUCGAUCAGAUGGACCAUCUCGCGAGAAUUAUGAGCAACAACGACACCAAGGCGACGAGGAACCUGAGGAGACGGACGAGGACCAACUCCCAGGACCCCGAUCAAAGGAAAGACACAAUCACAUUGAAGUCAGCAGUGAUGAAGCUGAAGCUGACACCCCUUCCGCAAGCCCCACUCGCCAGCGAAAAGCCCGCCUUGCACAAAGCUCCCCAUUGACGAUGGAAAACGGCUACCCGCCUGGUUACGUGCCUGGUGAUUACAAUGACGAGAAACUGAAAGGCAUGAAAUACUCCGAUCUCAAAGCUGAAGAUUGGGACACAAUCCGCAACCACAAGCCUUUCGGACUCCCAGCUGCACUCCAAGGAAAGCCCCUUGGUGAUCAAAUCACAUAUUACGCCGACCGAAUCAAGACUGAUGAGGAUGCGGUUCUCUUCUUUGAACAGCUCUCAACUAGCGAGUGGGAGGAAGCUGGAGAUUGGCUGAUCGAGAAAUUUGCGGAUUUGAUGAAACAGUUGAAGGAGAAGAGACAAGAGAAGCGUAGAGUCACGGAGAAAUUUGAGGCGGAGAUCGAGGCGAGAGAGAAGGUGGUCAGAGGCAAGUCUGACCUGUUUGAGAAGAAGCUCAAGGAGAUGCAGGCUAGCGGGGAAGGUGUGCUCAGAGGCAAGAUGAUCUGACUUGUCUGCUGAGCUUUAGAUGCAUCUUCUUCUGUGCCCGACUUGCAGGCUAUUGGUGGCAGGAUUGGGAAGAAUGGCUCAGGUGUUGCUGUUGUUCAGGGUGGGACGGCUCGUGUAGAGGAGCUUGCUUUGCGGGAAUCUCCUGUCGCUGUUGAGGGAACAUGGGGCAAGAGGUUGUUAGGCAUGGCUUCAUAUUUGUUCUGGCAU